AAAUCAGUGCUGUAAGUAAUUACUCAGCGCUGUGUGCUUAAAGAGUUAACAAAGUUGGGGCUCCGGCGAUCGCGGCAUAACCCGACUCGACAGUCAAACGCUCGCGCCAUCACAGACGGUCGCAUCAGCCAGUGUUUCUUUAUCGUCUAUUAUCUUACGUAUCACGCAUUUAUCGGCAUCGGCAUAGUUAUUUAGUGCACAUGAAAAUUCUGUGUAGUGGAUGUUACUAACAAGGUGUUGUGUUUCCUGUGACCGUCGCCGGGCGGAGUUGAGGCCGUAGUGGCUUAUGGUUCAGGCAGAGGGGAGCGGCCGGCGCCGCUAGGAAAAUGUCGAUACCCCUCAGCCGGGAGACUGUACUCCCCACGCAGUGUAUGGCGCGAGCGUUGUACGACAACAUAGCAGAGUCACCUGACGAACUGGCGUUCAGACGAGGAGACCUGCUCACCGUGCUGGAGCAGAACACGGGUGGCAGCGAUGGCUGGUGGCUCUGCUCGCUCAGGGGCAGACAGGGCAUAUGUCCGGGAAAUCGCCUGCGUAUAGUAGCCGGGGUGUUCGAUGGAAGCAGCACACAAAGACGACGGACGCGCACGCCUGCACCUGUCGCCCACCAACCUUUGCCCACACAGUCACCAGCCUUUACAAAAAUCGAAGAAUGUUCACACUACGACGUACCUCGCGCGCCCAUGCCAGUCCAACGCCUAGGCACAUACGACUGUCCAAGGCCAACCGCUGACUGGUACGAUGCACCAAGAGCGCCGCGGCCCGCCAGCGCUGACUCCGCUUGCAGCGGCACCGGAUCGCUUACCUCAGCAACGUCUAGCGCUUCAGCAAAUUCGGGAAGUUCGGCCCAUUCAGCAGCGUCCGCUUCAAGCACAUAUGAUGUGCCGCGGUCGCGAGCGUUACCUCUACCAUGUGAUGCAGCGCUGGAGGCACUUGAAAGAUUACAAGAAGAAGCAUCAGCAGCAGUAUCUCGACUUCUUUCAUACGUGUCCCCUGGAUGGCGACGGCGAGGCGCAUUGCGACCCCGCGUUCUAGACGUACGCGUUGCAGGCGCAAGGUUACGCGCCGCGUUACACGACCUAGCUGUGUUUGCUGACGCUACAUUGGCCAAUGCACACGAUGCACAAGACAAAGGUAUCGCAGUGAAAUUACGGCCUCUAGUCAAAGCGCUGAAGGACGCUGAACGCAUUACGCAUGAGGCCACCAGCGCCCUGGAUGCAGGUGACUGGGCCCCAGAGAGGCUAGAAAGGGACCGAGAGCCUACAGAUGGGACCCAGGAUGCGUUGGAUCAGCUCGUGGCGUGCGCCAGGUCUUUAACUGAGGAUGUAAGGCGUGCAGCGUCUUUUAUUCAUGGAAAUGCUUCGCUGUUGUUCAGACGGUCAGCAACAGUCCCAGAACACGAAUGGACGGAGGAAUAUGACUACGUGCGUCUCGAGUCGCGAUCGGCGGCGGGACGACGGAACGCAGAAAUACGGGCGGCACUCCCUGACAAAUUACGCGCUUCGUUUGACGCAUUAGUGCGGGAUGCAGACCAUGCUGGCGAGGUGAGCGCGGUUGCAGCUGCCACUCGUCUGCCUCCAGACGAUCGUCAGUUGGCUGCUUUUUACGCGGCGCAGACCGCAACGUACGGCGCUCAUUUGUCUACGGCCGUCGAAGCAUUCCUCAGAACCAUAGAGAUGGGACAACCUCCAGAUGUCUUUUUGGCACACGGCAAGUUUGUGGUGCUUAGCGCGCAUAGGAUAGUGCAUGUUGGCGAUACUGUGCAUAGGAGCGCCCAGCACGCAGGCCUAAAAGCGAAGAUGCUGCGAUGUUCAGACGCGCUUUCCGAUGCGCUAGCUGCAACAGUCGCAAAAACCAAAUCCGCAGCACAACAGUUUCCAUGCGCAAACGCCGUAGCAGAGAUGGCGGAAGCUGCCAGGCAUCUUGCUUCCCGCGCUCAAGACCUUCGCAGGACCUUGGUGAGAGCCGCUGAGCCCCCCCAGGACACCCCCGCUACCACAGUCCCCCCUUCUGCCACGACGACCCCCCUUACGCCCCUGACCCCAAUUACACCCAUUGCCCCACAUUUGGGAUCGCCCUCUCUCCCAGUUCUUUAAAGCUCUAUAGCUUAGCUUAGGAUUUGAUUUGUGGAAUUCAAGCGACAAUAUGACAUAGAAUUUAGAACGGUAUGGUUAUUACGCGAUUGCUUACGAAUUAAAGGUUAUUAUAGUAUGAGCGCUUUUGUCUAAAACGAAGUACAACUUAGUACAAAUGUGAUCAUUCCAUAUAUAUAUAGUUGGAUAAAGUUCAUAAAUACAGCCACAGAAUGCCUCAAGGCUUUAUCUAGCAUCAGAACCUCUUCAUAUUACAAAAAUAAUCGCUCGACAAGUGCUAUACCGACUAUAGUUAAAAUAAUGUAUUUCUAUUCAAGUUUUAAAAUGAUGAUGGUAUAUCAUAUUGUUAUAUCAUAUAUGUUUUUUUCGUAAUAGUUAUUUUUUCUAUAUGUAUGGCGCUUUAAAAGCUUAAAUGGACACACAAAAGGGUGGAGAUACAAGGAAGAAGUGUCAUACUAUGUGGUUAGCUAGAUUUCGUAAUAACACUACCGAAGCGGACUUGACUGUACUUAAAUUGUUUUGUAAUUCGUGCUAGGCACUGAGGAGCUGGCUUCCUCUUCCAAUAAACCAAAGAAUUUCAUGCGAAUGCGGUGUAAUGUAUUGCCAUUAAUUUUCGAUAAAACAGUCAUAGCUGGAUGCUCAUUUGCUUGAGUUGAGUUAUCCGUCCAGUAUAAAGCGUACAAAUUGUACUCGUAGUUGCACAGUGAAUGUUUCUAUCGAGGAAAAAUGGCUUCAUAAAUGUACUAUUCGAAUAUAUAGGGUUCACAAAAAUAUAAAACGGUUUAUAUUAGAUUGAUUUCUGUGUAUUUCGACUUAAUAAAUGUGAUUUGAAUUAUGUUCCUUUUGUCACGGCCAAGUCUAGAAAAUUCAAUAGAAAUGUGCUCAAUAUGUUCAAUGUUAGAUUAAUAUCGCGUCACUGCCAUUUUAUAAGAAAUUAAGAUUAGACCCAAAUUUCAAUUUUAUACCACCGUAUAGGUACAAUAAUUAGGAUUUGUAGACAAUUUAGACCAUUUUACAGCGUUCUCAUUAAAAUAGAAGUAGCGUACUUUGAAGGGGCUCAGUAUUACUCAGUUUAAUUAAUUAUUGCAGAAAUGUAAGAUAUAUUGCAAGUGAUUUGUUUCUGGUCCGUAAACGUGCGUAAAUUGAAUUCUAAAAAUUGGUUUACUCACGUUUAAUGGGAUUGCGACACAUAUUACUAAUUGUUCGGUACGUAAUUGGUUCGAAAUUGGUAACUUGACAAGGUUUUGGUUAUAUGAGGAAAUAUUCGCGAAUUUUCGUACUAAAAUCUAGGUGUCCUCAAAAACUGACGAAAUUAUUCAGCGGAAAAUAUAUAUAAAAUAUAUAGGGAGUUGGCGAGCAUAAAAGUACAUUUUCCUCGUAUUUCGUAUUGAUAGGAAUUAAUGUUCGUAUCAAUACAAAAUUUAUGAAUUAAGGUCGUGCGUUUUUAAGCUUAAAAAAAAAACAAUACCACUAAGAUAACGAAGAAAAUCUAGAAGGCGGGCACAGGCACAUCCAGGUGUCAGAUUUAAAUCACUUAGUAUAUCUGUUUUUUUAACAGUUUUAAGGGGGGUAUCAUUUGACAACGCAGCACUACCAUGGUGACAGACGUGGUCGUUUAUAUUCCUUAUCGUAUAAUUAUCGCUAUUAAAAAAUUCUGCCAUAUAAACAAAUCAUAUACAUAGGUAUUUUGCUCGCCUAGUUAAUUAAAACGCAUAGUAUCAAGAUCCUAAAACCGAUUUCUGUCAAUUUACGAACUGAUAUUAAAGUAUAUAUGUCAUUGGUCUGCAUUUCCCAAAAGUAUUCAAUAAAUUAGUUAAUAUUUAGGAUUGACACAAUGGUUACGCAAAUCUGAGUUUCAUUGUACGCUAUGAGCUAUUAAAACGCAUCAAGCUAAAAGUGAUACCGGCAUUUGAUGAAUAAACGUAGGUAUAUAUCAGUGUAAAAAUCAUGUUGUAUAUUAGCUAUGUGUAAUAUAUUUCCUAGAUGUUGUAUUUUAGUUAGGUUUAGAUGAAAUUGUACAAAAUGCAUAUUAAAUAAUUUUACCGAUUGUAUUAUAAUUUAAUCAUCUUGUAAAACGCAAUCAAGUUAAAUAUACAGAAUUUCGUAUUUA